AUGACCUCAGCCUGCGUGUCUCCCCGCCGGCUCCAAAGAUUUCCCAUCCCAACCAAACCAUCGCAAUCGCAGCCUCGCCGCGCUUUCGUCUUCAUCCUUCGUCCUCGCCAGCGCCAGCUCCAUCAAUCCCCAGCCGAGGAGCAGCAACGCACACCCGAAAGCGCAGAGAUCCAGCUGUGCGUGUUGCGUCUGCUUCAAGGGCUUUGUCUCUUCUCCUCGCUCCUCGCUCCUCCUCCUCCUCCUCCUCCUCCCCUCCUCGCCGGGCUCCUCCCUUUCUUCGACGACCUCGAUUGCCACGCCUCGCCGUCGCCGAUUGACCAAUAG